AUUAGUUCUAAACUCCUUGCCUUCGCCCCUCUGUAGGAAUAAAUACCGCUGCGGUGUGUGAAUUGUGAAUCCUCACCUGUGCAGUCUCGUUUAUUUCUGCUUGUGGUUUACUUCAGUUAACCAGGACACCAUGUACGUUCCAGUACUUGGAAAUGUCUCUGACAUACUACUGGGCGUCUUCCUGCUCAUCCUACUUCUCUACUGGCAUGUAAACCGGAACCUGGAUGUGUGGGAGCGUCUGGGAGUGCCUGGGCCCAAGCCGUGGCCAGUCCUGUACCACAUACCGGAGCUGAGAGCUGGCAUGGGUGCCUGUCUCGAGAAAUGGGAGAAGGAAUACGGGAGAAGCUAUGGCCUUUACAAUUUCCAAACAAAAAGUGCUACUUUAGUAACCACAGACGUGAACAUUUUAAACAACGUUCUGGUGAAAGAUUUCUCUAGCUUUGUGGACCGUGAGUACAUGGAGACGACAACUUCCUCUGUCGUAGAUGGUCUAUUUUUCCAGAACGGUGAUACUUGGAAGCGAAACCGCCAUGUUUUGUCGCCCAUGUUCACCGGUGGCAAAAUGAGGCUCAUGCUUCCUCACAUCGACGACAGCGCUUCCAAUCUGGCGCAGCUUUUUCUAGAUACCCACAGCAAAGGGCAGCUCAUCCCGGUGAAACUCUUUGCCGCGCGCUAUACCAGUGACGUCAUUGCGAAGACGGGUUUUGGGCUCGAUGUAGAAGCUGUGACCAAAGAAGACAGCGAGUUCUUCCACCACAUAGAAAACUUCUUCCAAAUGGGGAAACUAGGGUUCCGGGUGUUCCGAUACCUAGCGUUCUAUUUCCCCAAAUUGAUGAAAAUUGGCUCAAGGUUAUCCAGCAACGUAGAUCCUAUUGUCCCAGAGGUAGAAAACUAUUUUGUUAGCCUUGCUGAAACUUCCAUGAAUGAAAAGAAGAAAAUGAAACAAAAACAAGGAGCGUCUUCUUCUAAAGCUGUCGACAUGAUGGACCUUAUGCUUGAGGCAGAAGUGACAGACGACCGGAAGCUGACUUGUAAUGACCAUGCACUCACUAAAAAAGACAUAAUUGGUGAUCAACGAAUCUCUGCGCAGUUUCCCACCAUCCCCAUCAAUCGCCCGGAGAUGUUCAGAGACGAAGACUUACGGCAACAUCACCAUCCCAGCCGGGGCCAACGUCUUCAUACCUAUCUACAAGAUCCUCCGGGAUCCGGAGUAUUGGCCAGAACCGGAGAAAUUCGAUCCGGACCGGUUUUCAGCGGAGAACAAAGCCAACCACGACCCUGUGGCUUUCCUCGCAUUCGGGUUCGGGCCCAGGCAGUGUGUUGGAAAGCGGUUGGCACUUAUGGAAGUCAAAGUGGCCCUCUGCCAUAUCCUGUCUCGGAUGAAGUUUGUGUUGAACGAGCGAACAGAACCAAAGGAAGGCCAAGAUGUCAAACAGAACCAUUUCUUUGGGUUUCUCAUUCCAGAGAAACCCAUACACGUAGACAUAGUUCCUAGGAAAGCGUAACAGAUUGACACUAUAAUAAGAACAAAAUAGAUAUUGUAAAUUCGUUUUUGCACGAUGAGGGUGUUUUUUGUACACGUAUGCAAUAAACACUGACUCUCAAAGCACAGGAGACAUAAUAUUAUUGAAGUUCCGUUGCUAUAACACUAGCAAACUGAAGGGGCAUUAAUUGACUCUUGUUCAAAUCAAUAGUAGAGUGUUCUUGAGUUUUUUAUAUCUUUUUUUUACCAUUCUUCAUUUGCUUGACCGAGCUCUGCAAGGGACAGAAGGAAAGCUGAUCUUUCAGAUUCUGAUUAUUCCAUUGAAAUUAUUCAGUUGAAAGUGGUUUUAAGCUCAUCAAACAUAUCAGACGUUUCAGACCAUCAAACAGAUCCUUCAACUUUAAACCUCAUUCAAACCCUUCAAGUCUCAUAACAAGCAGGACGCAGACCUCCAUUACUGCUGUGAUUUCAUAUCCAGUGGAGUCCGCUUCAACCAAAUUCUCUGGGACCGCCAGUUUUUGGUUAAGACAGGUUGUUCAAACAGAGGGGAAAAAAAUAGUGAUUUUAUUUCCUUUCAGUUUACCAUUGUUUUCGAAUUAUGAGUGUUCAGUUUAAGCUGACUCCACUGUAUGUGUACAGCUGGAUUAUUGCAGCUUCUGUCUUGUCAAUCCAGUAGUGUUUAUGUCCAUGCCCUUUUGCCAUAGUCCAUAGCAGAGAGGUACCUCUGAUUUGUCAGCAGCAGUUUGACGAAUUACAAAAGUCACUUAUAAACGGUGAUCACGGUCAGAUUUAAGCAAUCAAGAGUGUUACAUUCUUCAGGUCAUUUUCCUUAAUGUCAUGUCACUGAGAUUAAAGGGAAGGAAUAUAUGUUACAGUUAAUGCUUAUCUGACACUUUCACUGUCUCCAUUUUUUUUUUCUUCUAAUCUUUUCUACAUCGUUGUUUUUAAAUCAAGAAUGCAAAACAAAUCCUCCCAUGACUUAACAAAAAACACUUACCAUUUUGACAAUUCCAAUGGGAAUUAAUGGACCGAGACAGAUUCAGUGUCUGCUGCACGUGACUUCUUUCCAACAGUUUAUAAAGUUGGCAACUGUUUUAUAAAGGAAACUUUAUUUAACAACACAACAUGGUUUAAAGAUGUUAUUGAUAUCCAAAGCAUGUAUGUCAUUCAUAAUUUAUGCUGUUUUCACGGAAGUCUCUCGUGUAAAAUGUGUGUUUUAUGUGAUGUGGGCCAAUGGUCUUAAACACUGAGUAAAACACCUAUCUGCCAGUUA